GCGGGGGAAGGCCACUAGGCAGUGUUUGCUGAGGAGUGCCGGCCCAGCAGGGCUACAGGGUUGAACCUGGGCUCCUGGCCCACUGCCUAGAUCAGUCUCCUCCCCAAGGCGUCCUCUUCUCCGUGACCCCGCCUGCUGCAGGACAAGGCAGGCCUGGCAGCUCACCCCAUCGGCUGUCAGAGGUUCAGAGGGUGCAGGGCUGAGCCAUGGGGAGGAAGCGCGAUGCCAUCCUGGAGGUGCUGGAGGAGCUGACCUCGGAUGAGCUCAAGAAGUUCAAGCUGAAACUAACCGCGAUGCCGCUGCGCGAGGGUUUCCGACACCUCCCGCGGGGGGCUCUCGGACCCCUGGACCCCGUGGACCUCACCGACAAGCUGGUUUCCUUCUACUGCGAGGACUACGGCGCCGAAGUCACAGCGGCCGUGCUGACCGAUAUGGGAAUGCAGGAGCAAGCGGCGCGGCUUCGAGAGACGAACUGAACCCCUAGCGCCGGGAUCUCAUUCAACCACUCCGAGGCUGGAGACUGGAUGCCAACAGAGGAGUCGCGCGACCUGGAGGAAAUCCGACCUGCACGCACAGCAGCGUCUUCACAGCGGUCAUGGAGAACCUCUCAGUGCCUCCAGACCCCGCCUCCACCUGCCCUGAACCUGUCAUUUAC